CCCAACCAAUGCAAGGACCUCGCCGCGCCUUCCAAGGUGCAAUUUGUCAUAUCAUGCCUACUAAUGGCGUGGGUUGUGCUCUGUACGCUACCGCAAUGGGCUCGUAUUAUUAGCCGCAAAUCUGCUGAAGGCCUGUCAACACUCUACAUAUUGCUGGGAUCGAUCUCGGGCGUCUGCGCGAUUGGCAAUGUCAUGAUGCUGCCGUCCUCGGCCAUCGCGCUAGACUGUUGCAAUGUAAACUCCGGGUUCGCCUGCGUGAGCGGGCUGCUCGGCAUGAUGCAGGUUACGAUCGGCAUUGCUUGCUUCUGGGUCGUGCUGGGACUAUACGUCUAUUUCGCCAAAGAAGAAGCCGUCGCUGAGAAGAUCGGUCGUCGAUCUUCCAUUGCCGGACCUGAGAGAACCAACCGCCGCGCGACGCGAGCGUGGUAUGUACUUAUCACCGCCUGCAGCUUCGCUCUCCUCAUCUUGGUGAUAUCCUGGACCAUCCGGCUCCGCUUCCCGCAGUACUCUCAGACCUGGGCGAAUGUUCUCGGCAUCGCUGUGGCGGUUUUUGCAUGCCUUCAGUGGAUACCUCAAGUGGUCACCUCUUUUCAUCUCGGCCAUCUGGGUAGCUUGAGUGUGCUCUCCCUCUUGCUCACCACGCCAUACACCUUGAUCUUCUGCAUCUCCAUGAUGGUCCGCGUCGGUAUUGCCGGAUGGAGCGCCUGGAUAGUCUACGUCCUCGUCGGAAUCAUGCAGCUCAUCUUGAUCAUCAUGGCUGCCGUAUUCGCCAUACGAGACCGACGAGUUGGCGAAGAUGGCAAGCCAUUCCAGACCGUGCUCGAGGCCUCGCUACCCGCUAGUUUCGAUGGCUGGGCCAUACGCGCACGUGGCGAUCGUCCAUCGGUUGCGGCAUCAACAGUCGCGCCCAACGAGCACCCCAGCGAGCGCAGUCCGCUAUUGUCGCGCCGGCGGCCUUCGGACGCUGUCAGCGAAUCGUAAGAUCGUUUCUACCCGAGCUACUGCGAGUCUUGCAGACCAGAAGCAACCCGAGAAGGCAUUGUGAUUAUCCGAUGCUUGGAGUGUUGGAGCAUGGCUGAGCGAAGGUGAUUGUUCUGGGAAGCACGGCGCUGAGGAGUGUGCACUUUAGCGAGUGAAAAUACCCUUUGCAGACUUCUGUAAACUUAUCAAUCGACUUGUGGAGACAUUUCUCCACGCUAGGAGGUGUUCGUAUCGUUGCCACAGGCCAUACUAUGCGUAUCCAUGAGAUGUGCCUUCUCUGCAACUUGCCCUUGCCUGUCUCCAGCACUUUUCAUCUC